UUCUCCCUCACUAGUGCUACUAUACGUGGCUGUCCGGCACAAGCGUUUUGUUUACCUGCAGCUUUAAGUUAGAGAUUCUCUACUGUUGAUCACACCCCCUAUUGGAGUUCGUUAUAGCAAGCACGGUAAAGCCACUAAGUACCUCAGCAAUUCCUUCGAAGCGUCAAUUUUCGACGAAGAAGCUGACGGGCGACCCAAAGAGACAAAGAGAAUCGCAGCGGAAUGUCUUUCAUAUGGGAUUGGAUCUACAGAGGAUUCAGUGGUGUUUUACACAUAUUAGGACUGUACAAAAAGACUGGGAAGCUGGUUUUCCUUGGGUUAGACAAUGCAGGAAAAACAACAUUACUCCAUAUGCUCAAAGAUGACAGACUUGGACAGCAUGUUCCCACGCUUCAUCCAACUUCAGAAGAGUUGACAAUUGCGGGAAUGACUUUCACAACAUUUGAUCUGGGUGGACAUGCACAAGCAAGAAGAGUUUGGAAGAAUUACUUACCAGCCAUUAACGGAAUAGUCUACCUUGUGGAUUGUGCUGACCAUGAGCGUUUACUUGAGGCUAAAAUUGAACUAGAUGCUCUUUUAACUGAUGAGACCAUCUCUGAUGUGCCAAUCCUCAUUCUGGGAAAUAAAAUUGAUCGACCGGAGGCAAUUAGUGAAGAUGCACUGAGGGGGAUGUUUGGUCUGAAUGGACACACUACUGGAAAGGGGAAUGUGUCACUGAAAGAACUGAACCUGAGGCCAAUGGAAGUUUUCAUGUGCAGCGUUUUAAAGAGGCAAGGAUACGGGGAAGGUUUCAGGUGGCUUUCUCAAUACAUUGACUAAUUAGAAGAAUCAGUGUUACUGAACGAUUUAAUACCCCAAAUCCACUUCCCCCUAUUUAUUAAAUGUUCUGACUCAGGAGUACAAACCAUUUUAACACAAUGAAAAAUGAAUGUUAUGUUAGUGAUGAAUGCUUUUGAUCUGAGCCUUAAAUAUAUUCUUUUCUUAAGACUGCAAGAAUGUCUAUUAUCACAUAAGGUUAGUGGUGAUGAGAUGAAUUUGCAUGCAGAUUUUUGUAGUUUCCACUUCUGUAUACAAGGAACGAAGUAAUAUAGCAUAUAUGGUAGCAUUUCACAGAGCAGGAUCAUUUUGAGAAGACAACAAAAUAAUUCUCAUUAAGGACUUUUUUUGCUUUUAGCUUUAAUGCCUGUUACAUAGCCUGCCUUAGAAUUACAGUACUGUGCCUUAAUGUUCAUCUAUUUGCAACAGUGUUAUCAGUUGGGACUAGAUGAUUAUUAAUUGUGCCAUGCGAUAUCCAUGUCAUAUGGAGAGAAAAGCUUCAGUGGAAAGAAGUGCAAUAAAUAGCCUUACAUAUAUAUUUUUAACUUUAUCAACAUUUUAUCACCUCUGUGCCUUAAUGCUGGUGGUGUGUUAGUAUGGUAGCAUCACUUUGGUCUUUCACUCCUUCACAAGAAGCAGCUCUAUCUCUUACCUGUGGAUAUAUGAGGCUGUAUACAUGCUUAAAUAAACAUUUAGUUUAGGUUUAACACUGAAACUUAGGCUUUGUUAUUUGACCUUUACAUGUAGUUAACAUUUUUAUAUUUUAAAUAUUGUAUGUACAGCAGUUUAAAUUAUGCAGCGCACCCCCAUCUCCCCCACCCCAGCUUGUUUUUCAGUGUUAAACUACCUGAUUUGUGCAGUAAUGAGUACUUUUUGACUAUCAUUAUUUACAUGCAGUAAUGAUACGAGAGUACAUGAAAACAAUUGAAGACAAACUUCCAGAGAACGAGCUCAUGUGCAAUACACAGAAUGUCAUAUUAAUAAGUCACUUUUCAUAUGCAGUAUUUGUACAUAUGUGAAAAGAUUUUGACUGCUUACACUUGAAACUUAAAAUUAUGCUGCAAAUGGCACCGCUUUAAUGGCAUGUUUUGGUGGAGACAAAAAUAAAUAUCUUUUAGAUUCUA